AUGGCACAAACUGGACUUAUGAUUUUCCUACUCAUAAGUUUACUACUGGUGGAUCAGACCAUCAGCCAGGCUUCCAAAUUCAAAGCCAGGAGGCACAGCAAACGUAGAGUGAAAGAAAAAGAUGACCUGAAGACCCAGAUUGACAAAUUGUGGCGAGAAGUAAAUGCUCUGAAAGAAAUGCAAGCGCUCCAAACAGUGUGUCUCCGUGGGACAAAGGCCCAUAAGAAGUGCUACCUCAUGUCAGAAGGCACCAAACAUUUCCAUGAAGCCAAUGAAGACUGCAUAACCAAGGGAGGGACGCUGGCUAUCCCAAGGAAUAAUGAGGAAACAAACAUUCUCCGAGAUUAUGGCAAGAGAAGCACGCCCAGAGCAUCCGAGUUUUGGCUGGGGGUCACUGACAUGAUAAAUGAAGGGAAAUUUGUUGAUGUCAAUGGUAUGGUUCUGCAGUACUUCAACUGGGAUCGUGCCCAGCCCAACGGGGGCAAGCGUGAAAACUGUGUGUUUUUUUCUCUUUCAUCCCAAGGCAAGUGGGUGGAUGAGGUGUGUCGUACCGCCAAAAGAUACAUUUGUGAAUUCCUGAUCCCAUAA